AUGGAGAUGUCUAUGCCUGCUCCCACCCCUAUUCAGCGCAACACCGAUUAUACGCUCGUUGAUAGCGAGAAUACUCUCACUACUGCUACCGCACUCCAACAACAUUUGAUAACUAGCAAUAAUUCCAAUCCUGAUGUAUCAGCAAAAAGUAUUUUCUGCGUAGAGAAAACGACUACAAAUCAUCACAAUUAUUACGAUAUUGAAAGACAUGCUGGUGUUAUUGGCGGCAAUAUGUUGAACCCUUCUUCUUCUGGAAACUCUCGAAAACGACUAAUUGGGAUGGGAGAUCCGUCAGUCAUUGCAAAUUGGGGAUUUGCAAGCGUAUACAUGCUCAUGGCAUUACACAAGCUAGUGUUACCCACGAAUUCAAAUAACUUUAUGUUCCCUGUAGCACUUGUGUAUGGUGGUCUAGCCCAGUUUAUAGCAGGCUUCCUCAAGUUGCUUACUGGAGAUACAUUUAAUGGUACUUUGUUCGUUAGCUUUGGCGCUUACUGGUUGGGCGCUGGCGCUUUGAUGAUCCCAGCUAUCGGUGGUGCAUUGGAAGUGUAUGCGGGAACGCCUGACCAAGGCAGAACAACUGCUAUAUAUUUACUCAUGUGGGCAACCUUUGCCUUAAUGGCUGUCAUCAUUACUACCAAGCUUGAAGGUGGAAGCUUCAUUGGUACUUUCUGUCUCUCCUUUGUCAGCCUCAAUCUCGUAUUAGAAGCGGUCUAUAAUUUGACAGGAAACGUGAACUGGAUGUACGCCAGUGGUGUAGCUUGUAUACCAGCUUCGCUAAGCGGUUACUAUAUUGGUAUUGUCGACCUUUUUGCAGACCAAGGUGUGCAACUUUGGACAGGAAAAUACAAGCAUUAA